AUGUCCUCGUCCGAAGAGCUCUAUUCAAUUCACCCCUCUGACUCCGAAACCACUCAUAGGCGAGUCAAAGACUACCCACCGAGUCAGCCUCGAACCUUUACAUCCAAUUCACGGCGUCGAGAAAUAUACUCUGAUACGAACCAGCCCAGCUUUUUCAUUGCACUUUCCCUCCUUGUCCUCCUAGGAUUACGUCCUAAACGACUACAGGCCCAAUUGGAUUCGGAAGACCCCAAAACCUGGGUUGAUUUCCGAGAAGGGUUGAUUAGACGCUGGGGGACGUUAGGAAUCACCAGUGGACUAGUGUUGUCUGCUGCAACGUCAAUGUUGUUUUCAGAUAGGGUUCUAGGAGCCUCAAUGGUUGCAGCUCUUGCUUCGUUAUGUGCGACGAUCGUUUCAAUCACGUUUGGAACCGCAUUAUCGUUCAUAUUCACAGAUGCCCCUGUACGGGACUUCAAGGCUUUGGCAGCCCGUCCCAUUCAUAUGGUAUUCCUCCUAUCUAUUCCCAAUAUGUUUGCGAUGGGCUCGAUGGUGGCAUUGUAUAUUUCCAUCACCAUCUUUGCCUGGACUUUUGAUGAUGGGUUGGCUUCUAUUUUCGCCAAAAUCGGUACAGUUUUGGGGGCUGCGGUUAUGGGGGGAUUGUUUGCUUAUGCCAUUUGGUUGAUGCAAGGGUUGGGGAUGCAUACAGAAUCUAAUGGCGGAAAUUGGACAGACGGUACAGAGAUGUAG